CACGGAGACUACUGGGCGUUCCGGUUGCCCUGGUGACGGACCCCUCCUCUCCCUGCCCGGGUUCCGGAGGUUUCAGUCAAGCCCCUCCCUCAUCGGCCCCGGAACCCCUCGUCCCUCCCCAACCCCCACUCCCACCCCACCCCAGAUCUGGACAGAGCUCCUUUGCGAAUUUCUGCAGCUUAAGACGAGAUCCUGACCUAAAGGACUUGUUUCAGCCAAGACAAAGCCCGGAGAUGGAAGCAGACCAGGUCACAGAAGAGCCUCACCCCGCCAUGGAUGCAGAACACCCCUCUUUAAAGGAUCCCUCUGCUGAGGACUCACAGGAGCCCCCUAUCCCUGAAACAUCCUUUGAGCCUUCCAUCCCUGAGACCUCUUUAGAGCCCCUUACCUCUGAGAUCCCUUUAGGGCUCCUUACCUCUGAAACCCCUUUGGAGACUUCCAUCUCGGAGACUCCCCUAGAGCCCCACACCUCUGAUUCUCAUACAGCAUCACCUGCUUCCCAGGCCCCUUUAGAGCACCACACCUCUGAAACCCCUUUGGAACCUUCCAUCUCUGAGACCUCUUUAGGGUACUCUGUCUCUAAGAUCCCUUUGGAAACCCCUAUCCCUGAGACCCUGUUGGAGACUGACAUGUUUAAGGUCCCAGAGAAACACCUUUCUUUUCAUACCUCAUCACAAGGCCAUAUCACUGUACCUUCCUCUAAUACUCUUAAGGAAGACCUCUCUAAGUAUUCCUCCAGUGAGGUCUCACAGACAAGUGAGUCCAUCCAGAUCUUGGAGUCUGAGAUCCUUCAAAAGCACUCCCUUUCAAGCCCUUCAGCCCAGGUCCACCUGGACACAUCUGCAAAGGAGAAGGAAGAGGAAGGAGAGGACAAGGAGCAGGUGGAUGCCACUGAGAGCACCGCACGCACAGCUCAGCCUGGACACCAGCUGGGAAAGAAGAAGGGGAAGAAAGGAGAUAGCCGUUACACAGUCCAACAAGAGGUCCCUGCUCAGCAGACAGAGAUGGUGGAAGUGGCUCAGGCAAAGCAGAAAGAGAAGUUCAGUGCUCAGGGGAAUUAUCUUUUCCAAUGGGAGAAGAAUGCAGCCCUGAAUGCCAUCCAGACAGGUCUCUACAUUGGCUGGCGCUGCCCCCAUUAUCUAUGGGAUUGUUUCCGAAUUGGAGAGGAGUCCAAAUGCUUUUGUGGACACUUGUUGAGAGAACACCAGAUCAUCUCAGACAUCUCCGUGCCCUGCAACAUGGGCCAGUGCCGCUGCCUCAUGUUCUGCUUUAUCCCAUCACGCCCAGAGGAGGUGGGUGAGUUCUGGCUUAAAAGACGAGCUACCUUUGACCCCAAGGCCUGGAGGGCCCAAUGUCGCUGCAAACACAGCCAUGAAAACCAUGCAGCUACUGGGUCCCAUCCCUGCAGGGUGAAAGGCUGUUGCUGCAACUGCUUUGAGUCUAAUUUCCUCUGUGCGGCCUGUGACCGGCGCUGGGAGGAACAUGAGACUUUCUUUGAGACUGAGAAGACCCGGCGACGAGGAGGGAGGCCUUACGGGGCAGACUAUGUGCCUUUUGCAGAGAUGCCUACCUUCUGAGAAGCCAUCAUCAGCAACUCUGAACCUGAGGCUUUAAAGAAGCAGCGGCCCUCUGGCCAUCCCAGCACCAACCCCAGACCUCCUGGGCUCCUUGGCCCACACAGCCUCUGGCCUGGCCCUAAAUUUAACCCCUGUACCUGACCCUUUCACCUCUGCUUUCCCUCCUCCAGGGACAGACACUGUCAACACCUGGCACAAGCCUCUCUGAGCCCAGCUCGAAUCAUCAGUAAAGAAAGGGGAAGCCACUGGAAUUUGGCCUGUUUCUGUAUGGGUGGACAGAACCCCAGCCCAGUGACAGACACCCUAGGACUUAGAGUUGGUACCUUCUGGGAGCAAGAAAGCAUACCACAUGGGAGAGAGGCUGGAUCAAACCAUCUGCCUCCACCACACCCACAUUCAAGCAGAGAGCUCUGGCAUCAGGAGAGUGGCUUCAAGGAAACCAAGCAAGGAAGGGGAUUUCAAGAAGGCUAGAGGGAACACUGAUGGAGUUGGGGACUCCAGUAGGAUAAAGAUUGAAAAUGUCCAUCGGAUCUUACAAUGAGAAGGUCCUCAGAUAAUGCAGCUUCAGUGGCACAGUGGAGGUAGAAACCAAGCAGCAAGUUUGAAAGAGCUUCUUUAAGAAACUUGGAUGAAAAGAGCAGGAAAGAAGUCAGACAAUAUCCAGAGGGAGAUGUGCAGUCAAUGAAGCAUUUUUUAGGAGGGAAAAGGGGAAGGGGCCAGUAGAGAAAAAGAUUUUGAAGGAUGCAGAAGAAAAAGAGAGAUACCUGGUGAAACAAGAUCCUAAAGAUGGAGGAAGGGGGGAAUGAGGUCAGGGCAGAGGUGAAGGGAUGUGUUCUGGACAGGAGAAACACCACUUCCUAAGACCAAAAGGAAGGAAGAAAAGGACAGGGCCUUCACUGAGCUGCGGGGAGCAGGUUCUUGUGGGCAUUCCCCUGUGAAGUAGGAGACAAGGUCAGUUGCUGGUGGGGCAGGAGAGGGAUAAGAGUGGGGAGUAGGAGAUAGGAAGACAGAGGUGAAGGUUUGGGAAGGCUAAUGUGGGGAGUCGGAGAAAAACCUGAGGAUUCAGGGACAGCUGAAAGCAGGAAUCUAGUUAAAGAGGAAGAGAGAAGCAAAAUAAGAUUGAUGGCUGGUGAUGGAAGGUGUCAGGGAGGAUGAUCAGGAAGAUAAAGCAGAAAGAAGGCUUGAGGAUGUGGAGAGAGCUGACUAUACAAACGGAAAGGAAGUGAAGCUAGGAAACAACUGACAGAUUGAAAAAAGGAACAAAGGACUAGAAUUCUCUAAUGAGAUCCAGUAGCAGACGUAGUGGUAGGGAUUAAAGUAUGGGAGCCAGUGAUCAGAACCUACAGAGGGUUGCAGCGCUCAGAUGAGAACAGCUGCCAGGGAUCACAAAGCUUAGAAUAAAGACUGUAGGCCAGGGGCCAAAAUCAGUGAACCACAGAUUAUUUUUAUGAGUAGGAGAUUCUGACACUAAUUACCUCUGUGAUCGUAGGCAUAUCACUUUCCCUCUCUGGGCCUCAGUUCCUGGAUCUAUAAAAGAGGAAUAAUCUCUGUGUUACCUGCACUCCCUGAGAACCUAAAGAAAUAACCAGUUUCAAAGUGCUUUAUAGUCGCUUACCCUUCCUGGCUGGUUUCCUUCCUCUUCCUAGAUCCCAGUUCUUAUCUCUUCAACUUCUCUAGGGGUUGCUGCUCUCUUGAAGGCAUACUGCAUACAGCCUCUAGGGCACAGAGGAAAAGUCAGUCUACAUUUCCCCACAUUUGGGGAAGCUAUCUAUCCUUCCAAAGGAAGGAAAUCAGUCUAGUCCUAGAACUCCUAGGGGAAAUCACGGGAUCAAAUGUCUGCCCAUUGGAGGAAAAAGGACUUUCUAACAACAAUAAUAUGGCUAUACAAAAGAUUAUUCCUAUCUCCAGAAGUAAAGAGUUCUUCCGGACUGAUGAUAUGCAAUUAGUGACCUAAUGAUCAUUCACUAAAACUAAUUCAAUAGUCAACAGUAAAGGAAUGGUUACUGUAAUACACUCAUUCAAGUAAGUAAAAUGCAGACAUGACAAACUAUAUUUACAUAGACCAUGUAAUAAUAUGGAAAAUUGCAGGGCAGAAUAAGAAUAUAUAUGCAAUACAUGUGUAUUUUAUAUGAUAAAAGGAAAUGAAACAUCAAAUGUUAUUCACUUCACAAUCACUGAUGUGCUAAAACAAAAACAAAAACAAAAAACUAAAGAUACAGUGGCGGCUUUUGUCCUAAAUGUUAAACGUCAGACUAAAACUUACUUGGUGUAUGUUAGCAUUUUGUGACCCCUGUUCCUUAGGUCAAAAAUAUAUAUUCCAGCAAAAUGAAAUAAAUAUACUUCUCACCUA